AUGGAAACUGAACCGCAACUACCCAUCCUCAUCAAGUCUAGGUUCAAACGUAUAUGUGUUUACUGUGGGAGCACUCCAGGAAAAAAUCCAAGCUACCAAAUUGCUGCUAUUCAGCUUGGAAAACAAUUGGUGGAAAGGAAGAUUGACUUGGUAUAUGGAGGAGGAAGUAUAGGGUUGAUGGGUCGUAUCUCUCAAGUUGUUUAUGAUGGUGGAUGUCACGUGUUAGGAGUCAUUCCAAAAACACUUAUGACAAAAGAGAUAACUGGUGAGAGUGUGGGAGAAGUAAGAGCUGUAUCAGGGAUGCACCAACGCAAAGCUGAAAUGGCCAAACAAGCUGAUGCUUUUAUUGCCAUGCCAGGUGGAUAUGGCACACUAGAAGAAUUACUGGAAAUUAUUACCUGGGCUCAACUUGGUAUCCAUGAUAAACCGGUGGGGUUAUUGAACGUGGAUGGUUACUACAACUCGUUGCUGGCAUUCAUGGACAAGGCUGUGGAGGAAGGUUUUGUAACACCAGCUGCCCGUCACAUUAUUGUAUCUGCCCAAACUGCCCAGGAUCUCAUGUGCAAACUUGAGGAAUAUGUUCCUAAGCAUUGUGGUGUGGCUCCUAAGCUAAGUUGGGAGAUGGAACAACAGUUGGUUAACACAGCAAAGUCAGAUAUUUCUCGUUGA